CAAUUCAUAUUUCAUCCAUACUAGAAAAAACAAAAAUGGCAAAUCCGGUGGUUAAUGGCGGCAAAGUGCGCGUGGAAGCAAUUCAAACAGUGGUUCCAACAAAGGCAACAGAUCCACGCCAAUCGCGCAGAAUCACCGUUUCACAGAAUGUGGGAUCCACGGCGCUGCUGCAGCGCCGCUUCCACCUGCUCCUCUGCUACAACAAGGCCUCUUCCGGCGACUCCGGAUGGCUCCUUGCCGGCCAGAUUAAGGAGUCUCUCGGAAGAGCCCUGAAGGACUACCCCUUGCUCGCCGGCAGGCUGCGCUGGUGCGACGCUGAUUUGGAGAUCGUGUGCAAUGAUUCCGGCACUCGAAUGGUUGAGACCAAGGCGGAGAUGGCAUUGGCUGCUUUUGUUGAGAAGAGAGAAGACGAGACGGAGCUCGUUUUCUGGGAGGAUGUUUUUCACCAUACCCCUCAGUUUUCUCCGCUCUUUUAUAUUCAGGUAACAAACUUCACAUGUGGGGGAUACUCAAUUGGGAUAAGCUGCAGCAUCCUCCUUGGUGAUCCUUUUACCCUAACAACCAUCAUCAAGAAAUGGGCCUCUCUCCACAACACCAUGUUUCCAUCAAAUGAAAUUCCCCAAAUCCCCAUGUUCUACCUCCCCAAUCAUGGCCCACCACCCUCAUUUACAUCUCUACUAACUGGAUCCAACACAACCAAAGAUCCAGCUGAGAGUCUCAUCUUCAACAUCCCAACAAACAUUCUCAAUUCAGACAACAACACCCACAAGCAUCUUGCUGCCUUGUGCGUUGAAGAGGCCGAGCGCGAGACUGGCCAGAAACUGGCUCCAAACUUGUCCCUGCUUGUUCAGUUGCCCCCUGAGGAUGAUACGGUUGAAGUUUGCUCGAGAGAAGGGCUCUUAGAGUGUUCAAAACUAGAUCAUGGUGCAAAAGGAGUGAGUUUUACAAGAGCAUGGGAUGAACUCGAAUUGGACAACAUAUGUUUUAAUGAAGGAAACAAGCCCAUUUAUGCCUCGUGUUGGAUCAACUCAGUGGUUGAUGAAGGUUGUGUGAUUAUUGCGCCAUCAACUGAUCAAGGACUUCAAAUUGUGGUCACAUUCACUUAGAAAUGUGGUCACAAAGUGCAUUAUUAAAAUUAUUUCUGUCAUUCUAUUUAUAUGUAUCCUUGAUCAAUUUAUAAUAAAAUGUUGUUAUGGGGCUA